GCGUGGCGGACGAUCCGUGACGUGACGCUACGUACGCUUUAUCAGGAGUCUUCCCGCGCGGCGCCCUUCCCAGUCUCUCGGCUUCUUGGCGGUAGCUGUCUCUUCGGCCUUUUACUUAAAUUCCAGGACUUGAAUUUACCGCCAUGUCCUCUGAAGAAGGGAAGCUCUUCGUGGGAGGGCUCAACUUCAACACUGAUGAGCAGGCUCUGGAAGACCACUUCAGCAGCUUCGGACCUAUUUCUGAGGUGGUUGUUGUCAAGGACCGGGAGACUCAGCGAUCCCGGGGUUUUGGCUUCAUCACCUUCACCAAUCCAGAGCAUGCCUCAGAUGCCAUGAGAGCCAUGAAUGGAGAGUCUCUGGACGGUCGUCAGAUCCGUGUAGACCACGCGGGCAAGUCGGCCCGGGGAACAAGAGGGGGUGCCUUUGGGGCCUAUGGGCGUGGUCGCAGCUACUCUAGAGGUGGUGGGGACCAGGGCUAUGGAAGUGGCAGGUAUGACAGCCGACCUGGAGGAUAUGGAUAUGGAUAUGGAAGGUCCAGAGACUAUGGCGGCAGAAGCCAGGGUGGUUAUGACCGCUACUCAGGAGGAAAUUACAGGGAUAAUUAUGACAACUGAGAUGAGGCAUGCACACCUAAUGUAGAUACACAAGGAAUAAAACUUCUUCUGAUCCAGGACCAUCCCUCCAAAUGGCUGUAUUUAUAAAGAUUUUUGGAGCUGCACUGAAACAUCUGUUUUAGUUACAUCAAUUUUUUUUUUGAGUAGAGCUCCCAAGGUAGCUUGUUAAAGACCUUUCAGAAAGUUCCAUGUGUUUUUUUUAAAUUUUUCUCCCAUUUAAAGACAAAUUCUGAGACAUUGUGGAGUCUGGAUAUUUUUUCCUUUUUUACCAGUUUUUUAGUUCGGGCUCUCAGGAAUGUUGGUUCUGGCAAAAAAUGUUUGGCCAGACUGAUUUUUUUAAAUAAUGUGCAUCUAGGAACAUUUUAAACACCUGUACACAAUGUUUAAUCGUGAUUAGGAAGCAAUUUCUGACUGUAACUAUAAGAAAUGAAGAACAUGAUUACUUAGAGGUGUUUUUUACUCCAGAUCUCUGCCUUGAUUAUAUAGAAGUUUCUUAAAAAUAUUUGUGUGUCAUUUUUUUUUAAUACUGGAAGAAAAAAAUAUUCUGUUGUGUUUCAUGUAGCGUUUAGGAUGUCUUUCACCGAGUUGAUUAAAAAGAUGAAACCUGAAAACAAAUCGA